GAGAUAUUGUAAAAAGCUACAAACUUUCAUUUGUAAUAUAAUUCGAGCUACGAUAAUAUGAAAAAAAAUAAUGCCUGGAAGCGAUAUAAUUCUAGGAAAGCAUUUCUUGACAAGUUUCGUGAUGGGGAGGAGCUUUCCCGUGACGUCACACUCAGCUGGUGAAACGACGUCCGGUUUGCCUCGCAAUGCAAACCGGGUAAUAAAGUAGAUACAGGAGAUCUAAAAUGGCGGCACUGGUGGAAGGACAACAAUAUGGUCUUUCUUCGCAGGGGAAUUUUUCAAAUAAUAAGACAUUAAUAUUUGUUAAAUUAACGGAUUCUGCCAUAAGAGCCAUAGAAGAUUGCAUAAAAUAUCAAGUCAGUUCUUCGCCAAAACCUACGAUCCAAUUCCAGUCCAACCAAGGGGUUAUCAGUAUUCCAAGGCCUUCAAGUCCAAACAGUAAGCAAUCCUUUGGUUUUAGUUUAUCCAGUAUUGAUGCAGAUGGUCCACAGGGCAGCUUUGAAUGUUUACAGCAGUCUGGGUCAAGGUCACUACAGUCCCUUGGCUGCAUGCUGUACAGAAUGCACAUACAGGCUAAUGAGGAUAGUUAUGAAAAAACGAAAGUCAAAAUGGCCGUGGUGGAACAAGAAAGUAAAAAGAACUGUACCAAAGUUAUCAAAGCCUCAGGACCAUAUGUGGGUAGGAAAGUGAAAGUGAAAAGAUCUAUAGGAUCAAUACCACCACCCAAGCCUCCCAGUCCACAACCAUAUACAGCUAGACCUAUAAAUAAACCAUUGUCAACCAUAAAUAGCAGCAAUGGACAUGUAAAUCAUUCCAGUAAUAACAAUAAUGUCAAUUCCAGACAGUUUUCCUAUAAUAAAAAUGGAAAUCCAGACAUUAUGAGAAAAUCUUAUAGGGAGAGGAUAAUACAUCUUCUAGCCUUAAGGCCAUAUAAGAAACCUGAAUUGUUAACUAGGCUUAUGAAAGAUGGUGUUAAGGAAAAAGAUAAAAAGAGUUUAGGAGUUAUUUUAAGUCAAGUGGCUACUCUUAAAGACAACACUUACUCUUUGGCUCGCCAUAUAUGGAAUGAAGUUCAAGAUGAUUGGCCAUUUUAUACUCCUGAAGAACUUGAAAUGAUGAAAAGGAAAAAACCUCAAAAUUUAACACCGCCAAAUGAAAAUGGUAAUCACUCGCCAUCUACGACUCAGCCAGGAAACUCGCCUGCAUUACAAAAAAGGCCUCCUCCUCCUCCUGCUACUAUUUAUGAACAUCAACCAUCAAAGAAACAAAGGAUAUCUCAUUAUAAUAAACUAGAAAGCCAUAAUAUAAAUUCGCACAGUUCUGGAUCCAUUACAAAACCAGACUCAUCAGCUUCAACUAUUAUGAAACCCGAUUCGCUUUCUCACUCUAGAAAAGACUUGUCUUCUAAUGGAUAUGUCCGAAAUAAUUGGAAUAAUUCUUUAAAAUCUGAUCUAAUUAGUCAAAAGUCACCCCUUUCUGAAAAUAAUAGUCAUUUGAGAACCAAUAAUGCCACCAAUGGUAUGAGCCUACAUGGUCAUUCAGACCUCGAAAAAAAUCAUAAAAACUGGCCCGUGCUUCCUAAUAGCCGGUUUGAUUCAACAUAUCGGCCAGCGGAUUCUUCACAAAAUUACCUGUCUUCUAGACUCUCUCCAGAUUCCAAUACCCAUCACCAUACAGUUAGUUCAAAUCAUGAAAUUCAUAGUAAAAUGAAUGGUUAUAAGGAAGAAGAAAGGCAUAACAAAAUCAGGCGGCCAAAGGUCAGUUCAACUACCAAUGGUUCUGGUUCGGGGCAUUCAACUCCUGUAUCUAGUCCAGAAAGUAGGGACAGUUUGGAUUCUAAGGAUUCAAAUAGUCAUAACUAUUCGCCAAUAACUUCCAAUAAUGAUAUACCAGAGUACAUGAAGACAUAUGUGGUCAUAUCAAAUGGGGAACAACGGGCUCGGUAUAAGGCCGACUUCAAUACUGAAUAUACUGAAUAUUUAAAUCUGCAUUCUGCGAUAACUAGUGUAUCCAAUAAAUUUGCUGCACUUGAUGACAGUUUCCAUAGGUCAAAGAAAGGAUCUGAUGAAUGGCAUCGGAUACGAAACCAAAUUUUAAAAGAAUAUGAAGAAAGUCAGAAAGAUCGGAAGUAUCAGGAGGCUAAGUGUCGUUUUCUAUACUUGCAUGACAAGCUCUCUCAUAUCAAGAGGCUAGUGGCUGAGUACGAUCAAGCCACGCAGACCAUGAAGUCGUAGCAGUUGCCACCAAGUUUUCUCUUUGACCACUCGGGAACAUAAAUAAGUAAAUAAAAGAAACGUGAUCGAACUAGAUAAAUCAGGAGCAGUCAUUCCUUUUGUUCAUUGCCCCUGUUUUUUGUGAAAAAUUGUACUUGUACUGUAAACAAAGGAAAAAAAAAACAGUAUUUUGUUUGCUGUAUUUUGUAAAUUUGGUCAGUGAUAAUACGGAGACAUUUUAACUUAAUUUCCCUGUGAAGAAAUAUUCCAUGUGUUUGGAUAUGUGUGAAUAUAAAAAAAAGUUUGCAUGAGUGAUUGGAUUGUGUGGUAGUCCCUCCUUCUGCCAUUUUACAUUUGUUCAUUUCCUCUUUUUCACUGAAUGAUCUACAAUUUGGACCAGAGUCAUGCUUGAUAGCAGAUAGCUAAGUGUCACAUGGCCAAAUUAAUGUAAUGAGGGCUGACUGUGCCACACUGCCAAACACUAAUGUUAAAUGUUCUUACAUAGACACUGUUAACUUUUUAAAAACAAAAAUCCAGAAAAUGAAAAUUGUUAUCAAAAACUGUGUUUGUUGGGAGAAAAUCCUAAUGUGUAAAUAGUCUUUAAUUCUGAUAUUUUGUAUUUAUAGAAUCCAAUUGAAAGGUCUGUGGUGUAUUACCAAAAAUAUAUACAUUAUAUAUAUAUAUAUCAAAAAUUGAAAAAAAAUUAAAGUUGGAAUUUAAAAAUUUUUAGAAUCGGUUGACAAAACAUUAAAUUUGUUUGCAUGGAAAUCUUUUUAAAAAUUUACUUAUUAUGGUUAAAAAAGAAUUAUAUUUAAAUUGACAAAUUUGUUUAGUUUUAAAAAGUUAAAAUUGUUUUUAGUGACGACAAACUUUCAAAAACAAAGUUAAUCUUGCAAUACUUGGAGGAUUGAUAAUCCCAUUGUUAUUUAAAAGUGCCAAUAUAUUGUUCUCAAAAAUUUAAGUUUAUGCCAGAGUCUAUUGAGCAAAGUUUUUCGAAACAAUACCUACACUGCACUUACGAAUUUGCACAAGUUUGAGAAACUGCCAUGGGUUUUUGGUAAAGCUCCACUAGACCACAUUUGUUAUCUUGGCAAACGAGAUAAUAAUUUUAACUAGAGGGUUUAGAAAUUUGAUAAAUUAUUUUAUACUAUUUCAAAAUAUUAUUUAAAAAAAAUACCGAUAAAUUUUGUUCUGUUACCUUUAUUGUGCUUGGCAUUCAGAUUACGUUAAUCAUCGUAUCUGCCAAAGUUGUAAAUUAUUUGUAGAGUUAAGAGAUCUGAUACUUAUUCUUUAAAUUAUUUAUAGUAGUAGUGUUUCCUUCCAGUUAACACUUCCAAUAUUAGGAAGAAUUUUUUUUCAUUUGAAACAAUUCUUGGAUUAUGGAAAAAUCAUCCAGGCAUUUCAACAAUGAAUUAGUAAAAAUAAUUUUUCUUUUUUUAAUGAAAAAAGAUGCUAGUCAACUGCAACUAAAGUGAUCCAAUGGCUACUUUCCAUGUAAAUUUUUCCUUUAUUGCAUUUUUUAUUUUAUUAUUAUUAUUAUUAUUAUUAUUAUUAUAUUAUAUUAUUAUUAUUAAUAUUAUUAUUUACUUUUUGCCUGACUUUCAAAGUCAUUUGUCUACUUUAAGAUAAUAGAAUUUAAAGUGUAGAAGGAGAAAGCCAUUGACAUUCUACCAGUUUGCUAGCUCAUUGAUGACCUGUGUCCAAUUUUGAAAAUUAAUAGUUGCCUGGAAAUGUAAUGAUUUGCAACAAUUUGAAAAGUGGCUGUGUUAGACUUUAAGGUGGUAAUUUGCUCAUCGUUUUUUUUUUUUUUUUUUUUGAGGAAAGAAUUUAAAAUAUCCAUUCUAAACGAUUAUUUAUGUUGACGAUCGGAACGGUUAAACGACUCAAUCCCAUAGGCUUUUUUUUUCUUUAUUUUUUGUAAUUUCUUCCGUGCGCAAACUUGAUGAAUGUGCCUUUCUUUAUGCUGUAAUAUAUUGUCUUGUCUGUGGGGAAGCGAAAGGGAAGUAAUCUUUGUGAUUCUUCUUCCUCUUUCUGGUUUCUUCUUCCCCCUUCGGUUUUAUUGAAGGACCAAAACAAAAUUAUUUUUCUCUUUAAUUUAUCAAGCCAGGGAUGAACUGUUUCCUAUAAAAUUAUACUGUAGGUGUUAUAUAAAUGCUUUAUUGCCAAUAUUUAAUCUGUUGCCUUCAUCUAGUACUUAGCAGCAUAUAAAAAAAGACAAAAAAUUUUGGAAAGUAAUAAUUCACAUACUAUGCAUCCACAUUUGUAGGCUUACAAAGCUCUAUGCAAUGUUAAAACUGCAUAUUUAUAAAUAAAUAAAAAGUUAAGUGUAAAAUGGGCAUUCAGUUUGUAGUGUUUCUCUUGACAAAUAUUUUUCUUUUAUUAAUAAUUUUUAUUAUUAUUUAAUCCCCUCCUUCCUUUGGUGGACUUUGCUCAAUACAAAUUAUAUUCUUGGCAAGUUUUGAAAAUUCACUUUUAUGAAAUUUUGAUGGGCUUAGUCCCAUGUGAUCUAGAGAUGCACUCGGAGAAUGGAAGGCGAAGAGAAUGCCCAUAGAAGGAUUGUUAUUUGUCUAUGUAGUACUAAUGUUAAAAAAGGGGGUUUUGUGGCCUAAUGUUCAUGUCAAGUUGCAUAUCAAGUGCCAUUACCAGAUCUGCAAGCUUUUAUGCAGCUGGGGAAGCGAUUUAAAAUUAUGGUUGUAUAAUUUCAUUCUGGAUAACUUCAGAGCUAAAAAAAGGGGGAUUAUUGUAAAAAUAAACAAAUAUAUAUAUACAUAUAUAUAUAUUAUAAUAAUAAAAAUUCCCUGUGUAUAGUGUGAAAAUAUUUAGAAAAAUGUUUUAUGGUGCUUUUCUGAUGACUGCAGCCUUCAUAUUAAUUAAAACUAAAAUUUACUUGGUUUCAAUAAUUUAGGCCUUACAUACAACAUUCUUAAACAGAAAUAAGACAAAAAAUAAAUUUUCUUGUGGUGUCCUUUGGUAAGGAGUUAGGUCACACAAACAGUAUUGCAUGCUUUCCUCACUACCACAGUUCACCAUAAUAAUAAUGUAAUUAUGAGGAGAGCUGCACUAAUCAUAAAAGCAUCAUAACUGCCGCUCCAAAGUUGGAACGGUAGUUUGGUUGGAAAACCAAACGAAUGUACACAAGACAUGAAAAUAAAUGACCUACUGCAUGCAG